AAUCACUUAACUUUGCAUUUUUUAAAUGUCUAAGCUUAGAAUAAUAUUGGCCGUUCAUUUUUAUGUAUUACUCAUAUGCGUAAUUAUGGUUUUAUUUUUCAAACCUAACGUCUAUGAUGUGAUACAGAACAGAGCCACUGACAUUGCAGAACGCGCAUUCGCUCAAAAGAACCAAACACACAAACAGAUUUCAAAACAUUACAAGAUAUUGUGUUGGAUAAUGACUAGUCCGACGGAUUUAGAAAAACGAACAAAACACGUUAGGGAUACAUGGGCAAAACAUUGUGAUAUAGAUCUAUACAUGAGUUCUCAAGAGAAUACAACAUUUCCAACCGUAGGGUUGAACGUAACUGAAGGACGGGCUCAUAUAUCCAUGAAAUCUAAGGCAGCGUGGACGUUUAUUUAUGAAAAUUAUUUAGAAAAGGCUGAUUACUUCUUAAAGGGAGACCCAGAUACUUUUAUUGUUGUCGAAAACUUGCGAAGGAUGCUUCAAAAUUACAACCCAAAUGAUGCAGAAAUAUUUGGACAUAUGUUUUAUUUAGGAGGCGGGAAGCAUAAUGUAUACAUGGCUGGAGGACCUGGUAUUGUGGCUAGCAGAGAGUCACUGAAAAGAAUGGUUGAAAUAGCAUUUAGGAACUCAACUUGGGAAAAGGAUUGCUUUCCUGAUGGAGAUUCAGAGGACUUUAAGUCCUGUAACUGUAUGAUAAAGGCUGGAGCAAAGCCUAUCAAUUGCACAGAUGAGUUAGGCAGGGAGCGAUUCCUCGUCUAUCCGCCACAUACUUACAUCCAACGGUUACUGGGGGGCUGGUACACAAAGGCGUACAACGCAGACAAAGGAAAGAAUCAGGGACCCAACUGUUGCAGUGAAUAUCCAAUUGGCUUUCACUACAUUGGACCUUCGAUAAUGUACGACAUGUACUAUUAUUUUUAUAAAACCAAAGUGGAUCACAAAUUCGAUAAAAUAGUGGACGUUCACAUGCAAACGUGAAUGCCUUGUGAAUCUGAUAAUAGAAAGGGAUCAAGCUACACGCUUUAGGAGAAACUCUUACGCAGACGUGUAGAUUUAGGGUCCUUUGGGAGUAAGUUCUCCACUUCAUAAAGUCAAGUUGCAGAUUGAAGCGAAUGAUUAAAAAUUAUGAAUUGCAGCUUUCGUAGAAACGAAAUUCCAAACUUCUACAAGCCACUCAUCACUUCUUACGUACAAAAGCCACUCAUCACUUUCAACUUACACAAGCCACUCAUCACUUUCAACUUACACAAACCACUCAUCACGUUCAACUUACACAAGCCAUUCAUCAUUUUCAACUUACACAAGCCACUCAUCAUUUUCAACAUACAUGAGCCACUCAUCACUUUCAACUUACGCAAGCCACUCAUCACUUUCAAUUUACACUAGCCA